CUUUCUUCUUCCUCCUCCUCUUUAUUCUUGAACCCAAAUAAUAAAAAGGAAGCAGAAGCCAAAUUCAAGCAAAUCUCUGAAGCUUAUGAGGUUCUGAGUGAUCCCCAGAAAAAAGCAGUGUAUGAUCAGUACGGUGAGGAAGGGCUUAAGGGUCAAAUGCCACCACCAAACGCCAGAGGAUCGGGUGGAGCUUUAUACUUCUCGACCGGAGAUGGACCCACGACUUUUCAAUUCAAUCCUCGAAAUGCAGACGAUAUUUUUGCGGAGUUUUUCGGGUCCUCAGGACCGUUUGGAGGCUUGGGAGGGAUGGGUGGUGAAGGAGGAGGUAUGAGGGGUUCAAGGUUUUCAAGUGGGAUUUUCAGAGAUGACAUAUUUAGAUCGUUUGGGGAAGGAGGUGGAGGUGGAGGUGGUGGCGGUGGCUCCAUGAACCAUGGUGCCCCUAGGAAUUAAGCAUCUCCGAUUGUGAAUAGGCUGCCUUGUAGCCUUGAAGACCUGUACAAGGGAACUGCAAAGAGGAUUUAUUCAGAUCUCUAAAGAUGAAGAGGAUUAUUAAGCAAAAGUAGCGAGAGGAUUUAUUAAGCAAAAGAAGAAAGAAGAAGAAAAAGAAAAAGGAAGAAGAAAAAGAAAAAGAAAAAAGUAAAAAAAAAUAAUUUUUUUAUUUUUUUUAAAUUAAAACAAGUAAAAAAGAAAAAAAAAAUUAUUUUUUUUUUCUGAUUUUUUAAUUUUUUCAAUAUUUAUAAUUAUUUUUUAAAACUAAUAUUACGUGGAGCACUAAAAAUUUGCCACGUGUACAAGUGUGUACACGUAGACAGUCCACCGUGGCACUUAACUGUGAUUUUUGGACAGAGGUGUGCAGAGAAAAACGGAACCAGAGUUUAGGUAGUUUAGCUGCCAAAAUUUCGGUUUUUGUGGUUAAGUGUUACAAAACAUAAAAUUCAGGUGGUUUAGCCGCCAAUA